ACCUGCUAAACAGCGUUACACACUUCCUACUGAGGCGAGACAAUCCAGUAAUCAGCAUGAACAAGCUGGUCAUUGUCACCGUGCUUAUCGUAGUCCUCGCAUGUGGUGUGGAGAGCUUCCGUGUACCCAGAGAGAUUGAGGAGGAGGAGGAGGAAAAGGGACCAGUUACCCUUCUUAUUGGCAAACUGAGGAACUAUUAUGAUUAUAGCCUGAAUGUUGCUGGUUCAUACAUAGGGACCAUCAAGGAUCUCAAGCUGGAAGAGAAAGCUAGGAACCUGUAUGAUGAGACAACAGGAGCUGUGCGCACUUAUGCAGGCAUCGUCCAGGAUCAGCUUUACCACAUGAUCUACUCCUCAGAGAGUGCUUAAGCUCCUUAUCUCUUAUAACUCCUUUUUUGAACUCUGAUCCUCAGUCAUGCAAAGCUGGAGCCCCUUUCCACAAUCUAAAGCUGCUAAAAGAAGCACAACACUCAUCUUCCUGUUGCAUAAAGCUAAGAUGUGUUACUUCCUGGAUGUCAUCACACCAUAAUAAUGCAUACAGCACCUUAGCAAAGAUCACAGCACAGGCUAAAUAUGCUGUAAACACUACGCCUACUAAAAAUGAGCACAUAUUCUCAACAGUGGUGAUUCAUUCCUUGUGUAUUAGUAGCUCUCAAGUGCACGUCUGUGUAAAAAAACAAAAAAACAAAAAAACAAAAACAAACAAAGCUUCUUGUCCUAUGAACAUGUACCGAUGUCAUGUAAAAAAAAAAAUGCAACAUAAUAAAUCAUGCAAUAAAAACAAA